AUGAAAAGACACCAGCUCACGCACACCGGAGAGAAACGGUACUCGUGCUCGGAGUGCGGCAACAAGUUCGUUCGUAAGGAGAACAUGAAGCGCCACAAGCGAAUGCACACCGGCGAGCGGCCAUUCGAGUGCGACGUGUGCGGCCAGAGGUUCACUCGCAACGCCGUGCUGGCGAACCACAGGCGCCGCCACACCGGAGAGAGGCCCUACUCUUGCUCGCUGUGUCCGGCCACGUUCGGCACCAGGUUCGCGAUGACGACGCACACGGCGGGCCACAAGCGCAAGGCUCCCUACGAGUGCCUCAUGUGCGGCAUGAAGUUCGUCUCGGGCAAAAAGUUCGAAAGUCACGUGCGCAACCACUCGGCGAAGAGGCCGUACGUGUGUCACCUGUGCUCAACCGACUUCAUUCAAAAGUACCAACUACGCGUCCAUCUCGCCAAGCACUCUGGCGAGAAGCCCCAUCAGUGCAACGUGUGCCACAGGGCGUUCUCGAGGCGUGUGUCGCUCGUGAAUCACAUGAGCACCAAGCACAAUUCUGAGGAAGAUUGA